AUGUUUCCAACGAUGCUGAAGAUAUUUCCAAUUCUAGCCACCCUUGCAGGUCGUGUCCAUGGAGUUGUGGUGACCGUUCCUGAGAAGACGGUGAACGUCAAGAGUGGCGGGAACGCAACCCUUCUCUGCACCUACACGAGUUCUCAGCCGCUGGGAAACUUCUUCAUCCAGUGGAGCUUUUACAGCGCCAAAGAGAGCCAACUGCACACCCCUUCCCCGUGUCAUGGUAUUCUGAGUAUGGAUGAAAAAUCAAUCAGUCAAUGUCAAAAGAUGGUGUAUGUGACAGAUGCGCGGGGAAGAUGUAGCUGGAGAUACAAGAUCUACUAUUAUUCAGAAGGACAGUCUUAUUCCUAUGGAGAGUUUAAGGACAGGAUCACAGCUUCGACAAGUCCAGGGAACGCAUCAAUAACGAUCUCCAACAUGCAGCCCUCGGACACUGGUUCCUACACCUGUGAAGUUUUCAGCCCCCAGGAUGAUGCUGGACAGAGUCAAAAAUCAGUGAUUGUCAACGUGCUGGUCAAACCCUCAAAGCCUUUCUGCAAAAUAGAAGGAACGCCUGAAAAAGGCCAUCUAAUCUACCUCUUAUGCAAGUGUGACCAAGGAUUGCCUCACCCCACCUACCGCUGGUACAAAGUAGAUGAGAACACCCUCACGCUGGUGACUGAACACUUCAAUCCAGACACUGGCAUUCUGUACAUUGGCAAUCUCACUACCUUUGAAACAGGACAUUACCGAUGCAUAGCCAGCAACAUCAUGGGGAACAGUACUUGUGAGCUCGACCUAACUUCAAUGCAUUCUGAUGGUAAUAUUGUUGCUGGAGCAUUAAUUGGAGCAAUUCUGGCAGCUGUUAUCAUUUGUGCUAUCGUCUGGGUCUUAACCAAAAAGGCAAGGACAAAGAAGUCAUCAAGUAAUGAAAUGCAAGUAAUGGCUCAGAAACAUUCCAAUGCAGAGUAUGCUCAGGUACCUAAUGAAGAAAAUACACCUGCAACCACAGUUCUACCAAGCAAUGCGACAAGUGAGCAACCUAGUGCUGAUGAAGCAGCAGCGUCUGAAACACCAGAUAAUGAUGAGAAGCAUGAAAUGCAUCAAGAAGAAACAGCCUAA